CCAACCGGUCUGAUGUGGAAUUGCAAAGAGUUGGUAAUAUUGAAGAUGGACAAUAUCCGUCUGUCCAUGAUCUCAUGUCUCUCAGACGUGAAGUUACGAUACAACCACUCUCCGGGAAUACUCUACAGCCCACUAGACCUACAGGAAUUCUGAACCUGCGCGAGAAGGUUAUCCAGAUUUUUCAAGAGGAGUCCGAGAGAGCCUGUGAAGAAGAUGCAAAAUAUCGGAAAUUUCUUUUGAAAGGGAGACUGACUUUGACUGUCAAUGGUGAGGAUAGAAUAUUCAUCGAAAUAAACGACACCUACCCCCAUGAUAACGGGACAACAUCGCAAGAAAUACCAUUAGAGAGUAUCCCACCCGUUGGCCAAAUUCAGCCAAUGAACACAUCUGGUACUCAAAUCAUCCAAUCGGCUUUAAAUUAUGAUUUUUCACCAACGAACUAUAUUGACCAAGCAAUGAUUGACAGAGUAACCUCCCUUGGACAGUUAGAAUUGCUGAGAAGGUACACAGCUUCACAGAUUACCCAGAAACCACCCAUCGACCAUAACGAUAGUAACCAUGGCGACAUUGUCAAGGACGGAAAUGAACCAGUUAAUCUCAAUACCAUGACAGGCAGUCCAAUGUUUCCCAAAACCGUGGAGAAUGAUUCUGAGAGACGAUCUGAAUCCCAGUUAGAACCACAGACACCGAUAAAUUUACAAAUAACCUCUAAUCCACCAGUGUUUCCGUCAAGAACAACUUCGACCAGCGUCACUAACACGUCCCCGGUGGAAGAAUCAACAAAUUUACAACCGAAACAAGUACCUGCUCAAAAUUCUGAAAACGCCUCUGAGACAUUCCCAGUCCCAACUUCAUUAAAUAAUAAAACUAUCGACGAGAGUAGUAUACAGGAGGCUCGCAAAUGUUAUUUGUGUGAGGAAGUCUUUGAAGACAGAAUGGCCUUUCUUCUCCAUGUUGAAAAACAUUAUCAAGAUCUGGCACAAAAAUUUCAGCAAGAUCAAUCGGCGGACACCCUACUACACCAGUUAGAAGAAUACGGGAUGUCGUUGGAAAAAUCAAAAAAUCAAACAAAAUCCAAACAACCAUCAUCAAAACCCCAAAAGAAAACCAAAACUCCAAAAGCUAAGACCAAAACCCCACCCAAAGAAUCUCAAACUGCUGCAGUUGUUUAUAAAGAAGAUUCAGAAGAGGAUGAGAAUUUUCUGGAUGGCUUUACAGAUGAUGAGGCAAAUGAUCCUAAUUUUGUUGAAGACAGCAUCCUAUUUUCAAAAUCAAAACAAACUCAUGGACCAUCCACAAGAUCAAGAUCUAAAAGCAAUUCAGAUCACCAAACUCCUUCAAAACGGAAAAAUCCAGUUUCCCGCAAAUCAAAGAAAUCGACACCCAGGACGCCCUCUAUAUUAGAAUCAAAUAUCACCGAAAUCAGCACGGACAUAGACACAGAAGCUGAUCCGUCCUUGUCGACUGAGAAAACACCAGAAAGCUCUCCUCCAAAGCCAAAGAAAUCCAGACGUAGUGCAAACGUCACGGCCCCUUUCAUACCUCGACAAAUCAAAACCAAACAAACCCCGAAACUCAACCGGUUAACAACCACGCCCAAAAUGGCGCUAAAAAUUCGGAUGAAGGAGAAAACCAAAGCGCUGGCGAUUAAAGCAGCCAAUGAAGCUAUUGCCGUGACAGUGACUCCGGAUUUAAAGUGCACCGAGUGUGAUAAACAAUUCACGAACAGAAAAGCUUACAUCCGCCAUGCCCGGCGUCACAACACGAAGAAAUGCCAGUGUGAUAUCUGCGGGAAGUCCUUCUCCACUCUAGAUUCAUUGUGCCACCAUCAACGAGGUCUCCACGGCAACACGAAACCCUACUCGUGUGAAGAAUGUGGGCAGACGUUCAACUUCCAUCACAGUUACAAACUACACAAGCAGAAGCACUCUGGAGAACGUCCGUAUAAAUGCGAACAUUGCAACAAAUCGUAUCUUACGUCCAGUCAUCUCAAGGCCCAUUGUACGGCAGUUCACAACCAAGGCAAGAAAAGUAAAUUCGUUUGUACCGUCUGUGGCAAAACCUUCAAUUAUCAGAACAGUUUGCGGACUCAUCAGAUGAUUCACUCUGGGGAGAGACCACACACCUGCCCCUUGUGCCAGAAAGGUUUCGUUAGUCGUCAAGCUCUUAGAACCCACGAACAAUCCUAUCAUGUGACCGCCAAGAAUUUCAAAUGUGAUAUCUGCAGCAAAUUCUAUAAAUCAGAAAUGUUACUCAAUGUACACAAGAGACGUCACACGAGUGAUGUCAGUCGUUUCAUGUGCGACAUCUGCGGACGACAAUUUAUGUUCAAAUCGAAUCUCGAGGCUCACAAGUACGUGCAUCAGGACGGACGGCCAUUUGGAUGUGACACCUGCGGUAAAUCUUUUAAAUGUAUGUCGUCACUCUACACCCAUCAGUACACCCACAAAUUGGAAACGCCCUUUUUGUGUAAACUUUGUGGAAAAGCUUUCAAGACGAAAAACUGUUGCAAGGCCCAUGAAAGGAGACACACAGCUGAGAAAAGUUUUAUUUGUCCAACUUGCGGAAGCUGUUUUCCGGACAAGGGCGGACUUUCGAAACACAUACGAACGAUCCACAAUCCACACAAACAUUUUGUUUGUAAAUUGUGUAAUAAAAUCGGAACGCGCGCUGACAACAUGCGCACACAUGUCAAGAGUCAUGGAAAGGAUAUCGGAUCGGAGAACAUUGAAAACUUUAUUAUUGAGGUUUUUAAUCCUGACGGAGUCCCGUUAACCGAGAGUGUCAUCAAAAUGCCGACGGAAGCGAAACCAAGAUACAGCACCAACCCAGUUUCUCAAGAACAGCAUCCCCAGACGAACCAAGAUCCCCAACAGCAGAUGUCCACAUUGAACUACAGUCAGCUUGAUCUCUUUCAGUCGCCUUCGACAACCAUGCAAAGUCAUCUACCACAGAGCACGCUGCUUGUCAAUAGUCAGAUUCCCAGCUCGGAGCACAAUCAGCACAUGAUUCAACAUUUCACCCAACAGCACAACCUUGUCAAUAUCAUCAGCCAUAACAACACCAUGACAACACAGCCACCCCCACUCCCUCAAGGUCAUAUAGCACACGCUAGCAACACCCAUGUUCAUGCCAUGACUCCGCCUCUAACACAAUCUAACAACUCAAUGACACCUCCUUUGAGUCACUCCUCCAGGAUGACUCCGCCCAUAACACACUCGGUCACACCCACCCCUCCUAUGGCUCAAUCGAUGAGUCCUUCACCCGGCAUGGUACAGAUGAACCCUUCCUAUACAACCCUACAUCCCCUGACAACAGAAACCAUGGUGAUGGGUGGAAUGGGUGGGGGGUAUCAACCCCUCUAUGCACCGUAUAAGCACCAAUAGAACUGACAGGACAUUGAUUUUGGAUGACGAAGCUCGCUGGAAACAGGGCACAUGGGUUUUUCUAUUUACACUAAAAUAGGGACACUAGAAUAUUAUUUGAUCAUUUUUAUAUAAAUGCAUGGAUUUGUUAAUGUUUGAUUAUUUUGAGAAUUUUUUUUAAUAGGUUUUUGGCUUUUUCAUCAUGCUCUUUAUGUUAAGGAUGGAUCUCGUCUUGUUACUAUAAAUAGGCCUAGCUGUAUUUGGUGAGGGUGGGGUUUCCUGUCAUUUUUUAACAAAGCAUUUACAAGAGGUAAUGAAAUGAAAUGAAAUGGAGUUUAACGUCCUACUGUCCUGCUCCUAACCUGGGCUAAUGAAGACGGGCAUACGCCAUACAGUGUGCUAUGAGGGAAAUUUUGCCCGGACAGCGGCACUACGGCCUACUCUUAUAUCGAAUUCCAACUGCCAAGGGAUUUACAAGAGGUAACAAGGUAGCUUAAGUCACAUAUCGGACCACAAAAUUAUCUUUAUUUAUUAACUUGUUUAAUGACCUCUUUGAGUGCAAUGUAUAUCAAUUUACUACACUAGGAUUCUGGAUGGCGUGAGAGAUUAACCAAUGAAACCAUCUGUUACGGUGACUUCUUGGCGUGCGAUGCACGGAACUGUGGGUAAACCACUAGAAACGUCAACGCUGAUUGAUUAAUCAAUGCCUGACGCCAUAGAGUAAAAAGCCGCUCAUACGACCUCUGACGCGACCUUCUACUAUAACCGGUAAGAUCUUCAUGUAGUGUAGGCCAUCGGAAAUAUAAAAAAAAACGAAACGAAAUAUAGAUCUGUAUUUUAAUCAGACGGAUUGUAUAAUAAUAGUGUCAAUCAAGGGAAGCGAAUAUUUUGAAUUCUUGUUUAGAUUGUUUUAAAUGAAUAUUUUUAUAUUUGUAUCAUCUUAUCUUGUUAUAAAUGUCUUAAAGUAGCAAAUAUUCUUAUUAUCUUAUAAAACAAACCAGGCCCCGAGUUCACAGAGCAUUGUCAGACUUAAAGAUGGGUUCCCAGAAAAGUAUUUAUUGGGUGGUUAUUUCCAAUAAAGGUAUGGUAAUUUUGGUAUAUAUGGAAAGUAGAGAUAUCCAAUCUUAUUAGAAAAAUACUGGAGCGUAUACAGGACAAAAAUGUAAGGGUUCCCCUAAUCAAUAGCCCGACGAUUAGGAAUUUCUGCACGUGUGAUGUCAAAGGUCAAACGCGAACAUUGAUUGCUUGAUGUACAAGUUGAUAAACUUUAUGAAGAGUUAGACGUACAACACUUUCUGAGAUAAAAAAGACGCGGGUAGUGGAUAAUCCGAGAAUUUAAUUAGGAUUCGAUAUUUGUAAUAAAUAUUGAGCGAUUAAAGACAACAUCGUCUUAUGUAUGCAAUGAAUUCUCCUCUGACUUCCAAGUGAAGUAAGUCACGUGACGUAAACAUGACCUGGUUUGAUCGAAUUUUUAUAGCAGGACAUUCCUUCGCAAUUACAAUGUUUGAGAAGGAUUUGAAGCAAAGUUAUGACAAAUUAAUUAGUUUGAAUAUGUUUUAGUCCAUAUAUACCAUUAAAUCACCCAGUUUGUACGCAGGAACCCAUCUUUAAGAAUUUACUCAAAAUUGUUCACCUUAUUUUAACUAAAGUAUAGCCCUUUAUAAAACUUUUGUUGUUUUAAUGUAUCAAAUACAUAAUAAGACACAAUGUGCAGAGUUUUAUGUUUCUGGAUCAAAGAUAUUUCUCAUAAACAGUGAUUGAAAGUUGAGUAAAUUCCUGAGAAUGCGUUGUGAACUCGUGGCCAUAUUCUAUCUUUGUUAAAGUUGAAAUAUUGUUAUUAUUUAUAAAAAAAAAACAAAUGAAAUUAAAUGGGGUUUAACGUCCUACUGUUCUGUGCCGACUGAGCUAAUGAAGAUGGGCAUAUGCUAUACAGUGUGCAAUGAGUUUUCAGUCCUAUCCGAACGACUAUACGUUAUCUCAUGCCAGGCCCUCUGUCCGUCCUGCGCCACUGACAAGGGGGAACUGCGCCUGAUAAUCCAGACUAACUUUCUCGGCAUACACAGGGAUUGAACACUAGACAUCUUGAUUAGUGAGCCAACAUCUUACUCGCUGAGUCACCACUUUCCAUAGAGUUAAAGCAUACUGCCUUGUAAUCAUCUAUUAUUUUAAAGAAUCCUUACAAACCUUCAUAUUUUUCAAAUACAAAAUUUGAAAACACUAAAACUCUUAAUUAUGCUAGGUUCCCACUAUCAGGAUUCGCGCGAUUGAAAUCUUGGUUUUAAACAUACAUUCUGCAAGGGCUAAAUCUUCCUAUUGCAGGUCUUUCUUUAGGCCUGGCCUGAAAUGUUAUCUAAAUUAUGAAUUAACUUAUCCAGACCAUAUUCAACUCUAGAUGGCAUCGCUAGCCUGCGAUCUUUAGUGGAUUAUGAGCCGAUUUACUGUUCCAGUUCCAUUCAUGAUUUAAUCAUUAAAUGGAUAAUCGAGACUAUGUAUUUUAUCGUACCAAUAUUAGUAAUAAUGAUCGAGGCUAGGCCUAAAAUUCAAUCGGUAAAAUCUCGGUUCAGAGUGGAUCAAUUUAACUGAAAUUUUCAGCAAAACCCUUUACAUUAUCUAGUUUUUAACUAUUAUAGUGAGAACUGCCAGCUCUUUAUCUAAUCUCCCAUAAUGUACAUGUAUCUUUAAUCAUUGAGUAAUCAUGGUGAUCCUAUCAGGUCAUAUCAUAUAUUGAGGUCAGUUGUAGCAGUCUUGUUAAUCGUAUUGAUACAUACCCAAACGUAUCUGCGUGUAAGGUUUAUUUACGAUGAGCGACCUCAUAAAGAGAAAAACAGUGAGAUCUUUUUUUAAAAAUCGCUAAUACCAGAGCUGAUAGGAUUUCUUAAUUAAAGUAACAAUGCCCAUUAGUACUAGACAGCUGUACUUGUCAGGCCCUCUAUCCUGCAUCACUGACAAUGGGGAACCACGCCGGAAAAUCUGGAUGACUUUUCUCGGCCAAUGCAGGGAUCGAACACCAGGCUUGCGAGCCACCCAACCACUAAGACACCGUGACCCCCAAGACAUAUUAUAAACAAUAGGAAUGAGUAAAGACUGAUUAUAAACAACAACAAAUAUCUACGGCUUGCAGACUCAAGGCUGCUUUAAUAGUAUCCAAAAUGGAUCUCUGAUAUUAGUUUGAUAAUAGAGAGAGACAGAAAUGGGGUUUAAUAUCCAUUCAUGGUGGCUAAGUGGGUGAGGUGCUGGCUCGCUAGCCUGGAAGUCAGGUGUUCAUCCCCGCAUUGACCUAGAAAGUUCAUCCAGACUUUCCGGUGUGGUUCCCCCUUGUCAGAGAUGUAGGACGCAGGUCCUGACAAGGACAGCUGUCUAGUCAUUCGGAUGGAACGAAAAACCAAGGUCCAAUUUGUACACGUAAAAGAUCCCUUGACAGUUGGAAUUCGAUAUAAGAGUAGGCCGCAGUGACGCUGUCCAGGCAAAAUUUGCCUCAUAGCACACUCUAUGGCGUAUGCCCGUCUUCAUGUCACCAGAACAAUAGGACGUUAACCCCCAUUUCAUGUCAUUACAUUUCGGGACUAACAUAUGGCUCAAUUUUAUUUAGCAGUGGGAGGAAACCGGAAUACCUGGAGAAAACCCACGAGGUUAGAAAUAAUCUAUAGAGAGGAGGGAUGAUUCAUUAGAAUAUACUUGUACUUGUAGACGGGGGAAUGCAAUAAAAUGAUUUUCUGUCUCAAUCUUUACACUGCUGGAAGAUUAUACAAUAACUAUCACAUUUAUUUCUUUUAUUUUUUUAUAUUUCAAACUUGUCUUUUUUAUAUCUGUAGAAAUUAUUUUAUCUAUAUUUAAAUGUGCAUAUUCAAAUUAAAUAAAUAUAUUCAAUUAGC